GAAGACUGAACGCGGCGUAUCUUGUGUUUUUGCUGCCUCCAGUCGCUGUUGACGACAAAGUAACCUUUUUUCUCCAGCCAUCGCCUUGUUCCGAGGCAGACACGCGGGAGUGUCCGGUCCUCUGGCCAGCGGUCUUGCGUGAUGGGCAAAAGGAAGGCGGACAAAAAGUCCGCCGUGGCUGCGACUGAGGAGGGCCAUCAUCCCGAAGCGAUGGAGGUGAGGGAGGGAGGGGAGGCAGGCAGACAGACAAGAAGACAAACACAGAUGGCGGGCCGUGUGUAUGGCGUGUGCUGGGUUCAGACGCCUGAGCAGAAGCAGGCCAAGCUGCGUGAGAAGUUGAUCCAGGAGAACGCCCGCCUUCGCGAAGAGAACGAGCGGCUCAAGGACGGCAUCGCACGACUACGAGAGGCACAGGCCAUCGAGGAAGAGGCACGCAGACAAAAGUAAGACACCACACACCAACAACCCGAGGCAGACAAAACAAAGCACAUGCCGUAUUCUCUUCCUCCUCUUGUGUGUGGUAGGGGCUACCACGCCCGUCGUGCCCGUCUUCAGGAGGAGCGCAAGCGCCGCAUCGAGCAGCGCGAGAAGGAGCAGAAGGAGCGCGAGCAGCAGGAGGCCGAGCGCCUCAGAAAGGAGAUACAGGAGCGGGAGGCGCUGGUCAAGGCCCUCACGGCACGCAAGGCAGGCAGCCCCUCGCCCCCCCAGCCCCAGAAGAAGGUCUCAUCGGCCUCUUUGCCGCACCUGGUGCAGGAGGACGGCCGCGUGGGUGGCAGCGGCAGUGACGGUGGUGUGUCGACCGAGUGUGUGAGCGACGAUGAGAAGAGCAAGAGCAGCGGCCACGAGGUGGAGCCGUCCGAGCCGUCCGUCGACGACCUCCUCAAGUUCAUCGAAUCGGGCGAGAGGUGAGUGAGCCGUGGACAGUGGGGAUGGGUGGGUGGGGAUCAAGGAGGGAUGGGGGAGGAUGGGCUGGCUGAUGUGCGUGUCUAUGUAUGUGUGUGUGUCAGCUCUUCAAAGAAGAGCGGCAAGAAAAAGGCCCGCAACAAGAAGGGCGCCACGGCCACAGACGCAGCCGACGUCCGCGAGACGCCCAGCACCAGCACCACUAGCUCCCCCUCGUCCACACGCAUCCCACCUGACACAGCGACGGCCACAGUCGCAGCCAACGACACCGACAAGACAUCCAACAGCAGCAGCCACACGCACUCGCACUCGCCGCUCACAGCCAUCGAGAGAACCAUCGAGGACGCCAUGACGAUCCCUAAAACGGUCGCAGCGGCCGAGCGCCAGCGCAAUGCGCUUCGCUCGAGCUUCCAGAGCCUGCUGCUGACCAUCGACCGCCUCUCCAAGGCGGAAGCCGCUACCGAACGAGGAGCGAUCAAGCGCAUGGCGAUGGGGGCAAAGCACCAGAAGAACAAGGAGGACCGUGACAAUGAACCGGGGGCUGACGGUGAGGACGAGUGGGAGGAGAUUGACGAGAGCGAGGUGGCUGAUGGGGGUGAGGGGGGCGGUGUGGUUGAAGGGGGCGGGGGAGAAGAGGACGGUGAGGGUGAGGAUGAGAUUGAUGCGGAGGAUGACGGCGGUGAGAGUGACGAGGAGAGCGACGAGGAGCUGGCGGCGUUCCGGCAGCGUCUCGAUUUGCACUACCAAGAGCACCAGAGACCCGCUACUGCAUCGGUACGCACAACACAAUCCAACACAGAAGGCUGCAGAUACGUUGGGCAUGCACCUGAAUCCUGUGUGUUUGGUGUCCGUGUCCUGCCCCAGCGCACCUCUUCGGCCACGUCGCUCGCCCACAGCUCCACCUGAAGGGCCGACGGAGACCGAGACUGAGAAGUGUUUCAACACAUGCAUCUAUACUCUCACUCACCCACUGGUGCUCCUUGCAUGCGAUGCAUGUGCUGCGUGUUGUAUCGGCGACACGCAUGGCAGAGCAUGACAUGGCAACCCAAGGAAGGGGCAAGCCAAUUCACUAACUACUGACCUAACUGACCAAAUGGAUGAUCAGGGGGGAGGGGAGGGAGGGGGUAGUGAGCAUACGUAUGCCGAUGUGUGCGUGCAUGUGUGCUUGUAUCAAGGCAUAAGCGCUCUCUUUGAAGGAUUGUAUGGAUUCGGACUGACUUAAGGGCCUUGGUGGUGCGGGCGAGUGGGUGGGUGGGUGGGUGGAUAGAUCGUGACAACCCCUCCCACCCCUCCCCUCACAGCCGCCAAAAGGGAGAGAGGGCUUAAGGUCUGGCGUCUCCCAAUGCCUUCCUUUGUCCGCACAGUACAGUAACAACACACUAGAGCUACGUGCGACCACGCCACCGUUUCUCGUUCGGUGGGUGUGUGGACUGAGAGCAUUUUUUCCCUCACUCACUGGGUGGGUGGAUGGAUGGAUGGAUGAGUCAUGGACGGACGAGCAACUACAUAACGUAAUUGGUACUCCUUUAUACAGACAUACAUUGUGUGCACCGGAUGUUUGGCCGACGCGAUGCCCGAGAGAGAGAGAGAGAGAGAGAGAUGCUGGGGGCAAGGGGGAUGGUGUUGGUUCUGUUUUGUUUCGCUAAUGCUGAUCGAUGUGACUGACUGAUCGCUGCCUAACCAAUCGAGAGACGUGCAAUUUCUUUCUGUUUCAUCAAGACCAACAUGACGCCGAAAAGUGCGACAGACAGACAGACAGACAGGUGUUUCUGAUUCUGGGAAGGGCAGCGGCUGCAUUGAUGAGAACCAGCAGAUGGCCAUUUCUCUGUGCAUACCUCUUGAGAAUGAAGGAAGGAAUGUGAGAUGAGAGAGAGAGAGAGAGAGAGAGAGCGAGAGUGGCGAAUGCUCUUGCCGAUACGCAUCUGUCUAUCUGUUGCGUCUGAAUUCCCUUGCUGUGCGAUUGCCACAUCGAAGUACCCAUCGGUGCUUCGCUCGUCCAACCAUGCGACGAGCAGUGAGCGCAUCGAUGCGCGUGGCGAGGAGGCAGUCACACGGAUGGGAAGAUCAGGCUUUGUGUCGUGAAUGCCACGCCAUGGUUGUGAAUGAUGACAGAGAGAGGGGAUGUGUCAUCCGUGAGUGGAGAGCUUGCGUUGGAUGGGCUCUUCCAUUCUUUGCUGCAUGCAAUCGCGGUGCAGAGCUCUUACCCGAUGCUGCCAGCUGUCGGGCGAGUGGAUGUGUCCAUGCAUCUUAGCGCUACACGAAGCACGAGUAUCUGACGAGAGAGAGGGGGAGAGAGAGAGACUUGCAUCGUCGGUAAGGCUAUUUCUCGUGGAACACACUCCUUCAUUCAUCAUAUCAUUGCAGGAGACUCUCUGCGUGCGAGUGAAUCAAUUGAACAGC